CUCGGCCGGGCACAAUCCACAUCCGCACAGCCGCUCCUCGGCAGGGCGCAAUCAACAUCCGCACAGUUCCCCACCAUCCCCGUCGCCGUGCACGGGACCGGGCGGGGUACUUUCCAGACCGUCCCGGUGCAGGACAAGCCAUACACGAUCCCGUCGGACACGUACACGGCGCUCGGCGGUGGUGACUCGGCGCCGUCGCCCGUGGCGUACUCGCUGGCGAGCCUGGGCGCGUGCAGCCAGGUGACGGGCAGCGUGGUGGCGCGCGACCAAGGGGUUGCGCUGGGGGUUUGGAGCGUGACGGUGCGCGGCGCGCUGCCGAAGGCCGUGCUGGUCGGCGGCGCGGCAGAGGGGAAUCCCAAUUGGGAGGGCGUCGCUGUGGAGGUGAAGGUGCAGACGGAUAUUCCCGGGGGCAGCGAGGCGGCGGGGUUUAGACAUUUUGUGAGUGAGACGGAGCGCCGCUGUCCGAUUACGCAGCUGUUUAAGCUGAGCGGGGUCAAGUUUGAGAGUGAGUGGGUGAAUGAGGUUCUGCCGAAGGGGUAG